AUCGCGCGCGCGUAUCCUCUUUCGCGGUUACCGUCGUACCUUCGAGUACACCGUGUCGGGGAAACGACCGUUUCGGUAUUUGUCGACGAGAACAUGUGACGCGCCGCCCGAAAUCCGCUCAAGAGUGUUUCGCACCGGAGGAACCGGAGCACCGGAAGGACACCGGCACGCGUGAUUCGACGAUUGCGCUGCACCCAUCAAGAUCAGUCUGGAACCAUCAAAUCGAGAAUCACCGAUCGCCUUGCCAAUGAUAUCGGCGGGACACGGGAGACGCGCGUUCCAGAGGCUAAUCCGGGACGACUCGAACGGCGGUGGAGGAUGCAGCAGCAGCAGCAGCAGCAGCAACAACAAGAAGAGCGGCAGCAGCAGGAACAGGAACAACGGAGACUCGUAAUGGUACCGUCGUCAUCAACCUCGUCCCCCUCGUCGUCCUCGUCGGCCACGCUCGCGAUGGAUCCGCGCGAGGCCGACGAGCAUGUCACGGAGAUCGACGGGCUCGUAACCGUCGGCUGCUCCGAGCUGCCCAAUCUCGCGCUCCAGAGCGUCGCCCUGCGGCUCCAGAGCGUCGCCCUCCUCUCCGCGCUGCAGCGUGCGGCUCUCCUGCCGCCAGGACACGCCGCUGCAGCCGCCCUGAAUCUCCAAGCGUUGGAGACGUACCUGACACUUCAUCGUCUUCACGCGAGCGGCGCGACUUCCGCGGCGACGGCGGUCAAUCAAAGAUGUUCGUCGUCGUCGAAUAUCUUGACCUCGACGACGACAACGACAACUGUCAAGGACGACGCGCCGACGGUUGAUCAGCUGCUCCGCGCGGCCGAGGACGACGAGGCACGGCUGGAGUUUGUGACCGACGAUAAUCUGGCGCUGGCCCUGCUAUCCCCGGAAUUCCUAUCGAGCGAGACAUCCGGGACGAGCGGCUCCUCGUCCGGACAUCACGAGCUGCUUCUGCGACGAAUAUCCGAGGGGAAUAAUCGCGCGAGCCCGUCGUCGACGACGGCCGCAGCGUCGGUCCCGCGAUCUUCAUCCACCGGCGUUCUCCCGCCUUCGUCCUCGUCGGCCUCCUCCGGCUGCUCCUCGUCCUCGUCCUCGUCCUCCUCCUCGUCCGCGCAACACGCCUCGAUCGCGGUGGACUCGAGUGUACCAAGGACUUGCCGGACAUCCAGGCCCAAGAAACAGUUUAUUUGUAAGUUCUGCAGCCGACAGUUCACCAAAAGCUACAAUCUGCUGAUCCAUGAGAGGACGCACACCGACGAGCGGCCGUACUCGUGCGACAUAUGCGGCAAAGCUUUCCGACGGCAGGAUCAUCUCAGAGAUCACAGGUAUAUCCACAGCAAAGAGAAACCGUUCAAGUGCACCGAGUGCGGCAAAGGAUUCUGUCAGAGCAGGACGCUGGCUGUCCACAAGAUUUUGCACAUGGAGGAAUCGCCGCACAAAUGCCCCGUCUGUGCCAGGAGCUUCAAUCAGAGGAGCAACCUCAAGACCCAUCUUCUCACGCACACGGACAUUAAGCCGUAUCAUUGCGCCUCCUGCGGCAAGGUCUUUCGCAGGAAUUGCGAUCUGAGGAGGCAUUCGUUGACUCACAAUCUCGGAGUACCAUCGUCACCGCCGUCGGACAUACCCGUUUCCGGUUCGAGCACCAUCGUCCUUCAGGAAACAUCUUAGUGUCGACCUGUUUUUUUUUUGUUUUUUUUUUCUUUCGACGGAUUUCGAUCUCCUCUGUUCGCAUAAUUGGCGAGUUUCGCACCUGUAUCUACCUACCUUGUACUUAUCUAUCAUCGUUAAUGUUUAGAGUGUAAUCAUUGUUAUAUAUGUACAUCACGAAAAGUGAUAUAUCGUAUAUGGAGAUUCGUGCACGUUUAGAUCUGUAAUUGUUCUAUGUUAUGCGAUAGUCUUUGAUAACAACGUAUAGCCGAGAGAGAAAUGUCUCUUUUUCUUAAACUGUGUACCUACCCCGUACGUGUCCGUUGUGUUCUGUCUGUACGUGUGUGUAAAAUAAACAUUUUUAUUAUUAUUUUUUAACUCAGAGUCUCGUCUACACCCUCAUUUAUUCUCUUCGCGAAACCGAUUGAUGGGCGAAUCGAAUCGGGCCCAAUUUCGAGUACUCGGUUUCCAUAAAUAAAAUUUUAUAUAUUCGAGAUUUCCUAUAUACAUUUUACUCUGAUUUAAAAAAAAAUGAAAAAUUGAUUUUAACAAAGGAUGUUGCCAGACGCGAUAGCAUCGAUUGCAUUUAUUUUCAUCAAAAUACGAGCGAGAUGGGCACGCGUCCAAUUUAACACGCGUGAAUAAAAGAUUGGUCUGCCUAUAUAUAUAAAACCGCGAAAUGUUUUUUUAGUAACUAAAUCCUCUCGUAUGUAUCUCUCCUAGAUGUAUAAAUCAGGUGUUAUAUAGUAUUCCCACAUGGGCUUAGUCGAACGAGAGUAUGUUUCGGACCGACCGAAUUCCGAUCCCUCUGGUAUUAAACCAGGAGGAUCUUUUCGCUUCCUUCUUUUUUAUCUGUUCCGCAUAUCCAGGCUAGGAUAUAAGCCGAUGACGGGUUGGAGAAGAAGAAGAGGAGAGACAAAAGAGCACGACCGGAGAAAUUAAAGAGAAGGAGGAGGAAGAGGAGGUGGAGGAGGAGCAGGAGGACGAAACGCGACGUGUAUUGUGUUACAAAGAACGGGGCCGCCAGGUGCGCGCGGGACAUGACACCGCGAUACGUCUAGAGUUACGUUUCUCUUCUCGAAGGUGCCGAGAGAGAGAGAGAGAGAGAGAGAGAGAGAGAGAGAGAAAGAGAGAAGAGAUGGGGCCCCUCAACGACGCUAUUUCGGGGAUCUAUCCCAGUCCUCUCCUCCGGCGUGUCGAUAAGGAGAAUCUCGCACCGGGACCGGUCGACCGUCUCGAAAAAGGGCACCCUACGCGACGAACGUAUGUAUGUUAACGUGUGUAUGCGCACGUAAACUCCCGGAGACUCCCGGGUUCGAGCUUUCAUAAAUUCUUACCGGCGGACGUUUUACCGCGAAUUACGGCCCGUCGUUUUACCGCAAAACCCGCGUUGGCCAAAUCGUGUUUACGGCGUCACCGUCGGGAUAUAUAUAUAUAGGAGUUGCGAGAAGAACGGGAGAGGACGCCGACUGUCGGGGAUGAUGUCCUGGAUGAUGCCGGAAUGACCUCUCCCGAUGGGGACUCUUUGUGCGUUGCGUACGUUCGUAAAGUAGCGUCUCGGCAGCGAUCGUCACGUUCGCUGCAGAAUCUUAAAGUGUCCCUCUUAAGCCAGGCACGAGUCCGAGAGCUCGAUUUUGAGUUAACUUGACCAUAAAGAUAGGCGAAGAUUGCCAAAUAUUAUCGCGAGAACGAAUUCUAACUUGAAAUAGAGAGAGGAGAGGC